ACCAAAAAAAAAUAUCGAUAACCUGUGGGAAUUUCCCAACUGAAGCUAUCAGUCAAUAUCUGUUGGAUUGAUCUGAAACUUUUUAUAAUCCCGACCUGUUACAUUAGCGGAAGAGGUUUACUUGCCUAUUUUGUUAAACGAAGCAUUGAAGAAUCAAUCUCUGUGUGAAAAACUCUAUUGUAAAAUAUUUUGGAUUAAAACACAAUGGCAGAAAAGUUAAAAGAGAGCUCUAAGGGUAAAAAAGUAGUUAUUGGAAUAGAUGGUAGUGAUAAUUCUAUGUUUGCAAUUGAAUGGUAUGCCAAGAACGCUCACAAAACAGAUGACUACGUCAUAUUAGUAUAUUGUGUAGAGAUGAACGAACUUCUUUCUUCUUCGGAACUCUACCAUUCACCAAACGCUGAGGACGUAGAAGCAUUCAAAACUAUAUUAGAUCACGAAAUUCAUAAGGUGGAGGCUAAGCUCGAAGAGUUUGGGGAUUGCCUACAAAGAUUAAAAUUGAAAGGCGUUGCUAAAAGUAUUCAAGCAUCAAAACCCGCCGAAGGAAUUCUAAGAGUUGCAAAAGAAGAAAACGCCGCUUUGAUAAUAACCGGAACUAGAGGUCUUGGUAAAUUACGGAGGACACUGUUAGGGAGUGUUAGUGAUUAUCUUGUUCAUCAUUCUAAUGUUCCUGUAUUAGUUUGCAGAACAAAAGAAGAGAAAAAGAAAUGACCAAAUAAAUUCGUUUUAUUUUGUACUUGUAUUGACCAAAAUAGUAUUAAAUGUUAUAAAAGUUAGUAUAUGGUAAGAAAUGUGAAUAAUGAAGAUUUGCAGAGCAAGUUUUAAAAGAGUAACUUUGAAGUUUUUAAUCAUAAAAUAUUACGAAGAAUUGUCCGAAAGAUAAACAUAGAGAUUAUAAUAUAACAACUUUAUCUAUAACUAAGACAUGUAUUAGAUCAUGUAAGCUUUAUGAUAAAAAGGUAGAGAAACAUAUCACUGUUUCGUAGCUAAAUGUUUACUAUUUGGAAUUUAUGUAUUCUGAAGUUGUAAAAAUUUCCAAAUUUCCAAAAUAAUCAACAGAGACGGACAACUGCAGUAAACGCAGAUUAUUUCAUUUUGCUUUUAUUAUAGAGAGUAUUGCGCUUUAAAAUUAUCCAAACGAACCGCUUCAUGAUGUUUAUUGUAACACAGUUAUUCAUUGACAAGUACACUUUUUUUUACUUUCCCCGACACGGCUGGAAAUGAACCCGACAUUGUCAGAUUCUUCGUGUAAAAAUGAUACGCUUUCUUUUAUUGUGACUCCAACCUUAAUUGAGGAUUGUCUGUUUUCCUGCCGAAUGUCGGUGGUGGUUCUGUGGAUCCGGGCACUGAUCGCCACGAAAAAGCCAAUAAUGCAGAAAGUGGUGUUAGACACCAAUCAAUCAUAUUUUUAUGUUAAACAAUCUGCUCUUUGUUAAACAUGUACUUCUGCACGUGUUUAAGAUACAUUUGUAGGUGUACUUUCUAUCCAACAUGUCUGAUAAAUUUAUUAAUCGCAAUAAAUUACAGUACUUUUAGGUAAUCGUAGAUAUAUUUUAUAACCCGCCAUUUCAAGAUUUUCAAAGUUAUUCUAUGGCUAUUGUAUGUUCUGGCAUAUAAAAACGUUCAUUUUAUUCGCUUCUGUUCUUGUCUUCAUUUUUUCACUGGUUGUGGUUUCAUAAACAACAAAUUAAUAGCGAUAAAUAUUAACAACAAAACGAAAGUAAUAUUACAUAGUUAAAGAUAUAUAGUUUGAAGAAUUGACAAUUACAGCAAAUGUUAAUACGCAGUCAAAGGGAGUUAAGUCAUUUGUAUUUAUCCUACAAGCGUAAUAAUAGCUAGAAUAUAGAGUAUAAAUGGUGUUUUUUUCCCCUUCAAAUGUGAUCAAUUGAGCUUACUUUAGUCUUGUAAACAUCUACUUUUCAUGUGUUUGUCUAUACCAGAUAGAUUUGAACUGUUGUCGAUUUCCCAAAGUAAAAUAAUUUUCAACAAUGCAGCUCAUGAUUGGAAUACGGAGAAGUGGUAUGACUGCCAAUGAGACAACUAUUCACCAAAGACCAAACGGAAAAGAUGUGAAUACCAAUAGGGACGCUAUACGAUCUUAAACUUUUACAAAUGUACCAACACUUUUUCUGUAUUGAAAGCAAUUCAAGGCCCCAGAAUGACACAAUGUGAACCAAAUUCAAAGAGAAAAUUAACGGUCUAAUAUAUGCUAACAAUGAAUACAUGAAAAACAAUUAUGCAAAAUUGCACCCAGGGAAUACCACUGGAUAAUUAACAGACUGUUCAAUAUGUUUGUGGGCGCUCAACCCUCCAUCAAACCUGGGAAAGUGGUGUGACUGUAAAAUUCAGUUAGUGGCUUAACUUAUUAGGACGAUACUGGGCACAAAACAACAUACAAAAUUACACAAGACACAAAUUAUCAACCUAGGAGUACUCCCAUUUAAUGGAAGCUACUUCAAAGUCCAAUGUAAGAUCACUAUAAUAAGUUUUGAUAACACUUAUAUGUUUUCCAGAAGCAAUUGCGAUAAUACAUAUAUCUCUCGAAAACAAAAUAUACCUGUACCGAUGUUAAACAAAAUGAGUGUUUCAAAUUUUCAUUAUGUAUUGUAUAUUUCAUUAAACAAUUGAUGAACCA